AUGCGGAGAACCGGGUCGUGGAAGACGGUGAGGUACCGGUUUCCUCAUUGGGGCGAGGGUCAAUCCAUCGUACCCCCACAAGAAUUGGGUGAUUACAGAGAUUUCUCGAAUAAAAAAAGGAUUUUUUUCUUUGAUUUGCCUCCUAAACAGAUCGUUUGCUCGACUGACUAUUUUUACAAUUCCUUUUGUUCAUUUUUAUUGGUUUUUGGCGUAUUUUUACUUAUUUAUUGAUCAAUUUCUAACAUUCAUUUUCAGAAUAUCAAACCCCAACGUAUACCUCACGUCUCCAUCAUGGUCAAGAUCUUUUUCGAGACUGGCAGUGGAGAGGUUGUAGAGCUGGAGAAGAACAAUUUUGAAGUCGAAGAGAGUAUUUGGAGUGUGGUCGGCAACUACCUGCGGGAUUUCGAUGACCUCAAAGGUUUUAGCGUUCCGCGAUGCACCUUCAAGGGAAAGGGCAUCUCUCCCCACACGGUGUUGACUCCUCAACACGACGAAAUUUUUGCCAAGCUGAGGACUUAUGAGGUUGGUUUUAUGCUUUUUAUGUUUAGGAGGAAAUUUCUGAGUGCUAAAAAGCAAAAAAAUUAUCACAACAAAAAUUUUUGAUAUUUGUCCCAAAAUUUUAUCACUUGGUGUACUCCCCCUGUUAGAAUUUUUGUGUUAAAAAUCAAUCUCCUCUGCUUUUAGAUCCGCCUCGACUAUAAGUUCGAAAAAACUGGUCUUGGUUGGGUAGGUACUGUAAAGUGCCAGGAAACUGACAACAUCCUGAAAGUUUUGAAGAGAAAAUUGAAGGAGAAUAAGCAUCCAGAGAUCUUCAAAGUCAAGUAUGUGCAACAGACGCUGCCGAAUGGAUUCGUUGAACGCAUUCAUGGAACUAUUUAUGCUGGCUCCACAUACGUCGUCCGUCUGACACAAACUAAUAUGGUAAGCAAAAAAAUCUUUUAUGAUUCAACUUUUUUACAUAAAAAAUUACGUUUCUCAUAUUUACGCAUCACCGAUUUCAGUUUUGAUAAAAUUUUGACGAAAGUUUGAGUAACAUUUUUUAAGAGAUUUUUGAGGUGUCACGCACGGCGAUUUUACAAGGAAAGUACUUUUAUGGGGGCUCCUACUUUUUGACGGGACAUAUCUCAAAAAAUCAGAAAAAAUGUGCUGAUCAAGGAUAUAUAAAUCUUAGCUGCCCAUUUUAGGUUUUUAGAGGUGAAAACUCAAUCGGAAGUUAACUUAAAGUUCUAUAUGAACCCCUUUUCGCUUAAUUUUUCACGGGUCUACAAUUUUUAUUUUGGCUUAAAAUGAUGUUUAUUGAGUUUCUAAGACGUAAAAAAUCAGUCUUGGCCAAAAAUUUAUUUUUCCGACCUUCAACUUCAAAAAAAGUUGAUUCAGCCCGAAAGAGAAAUCGAACCCUUGCGGCGUUCCCGCUCUUGAUUCCCAAACUACGGCGCUAGCCACUCGGCCACACCGCUCUCUUCCGAAGGAGGCCGACUGCGCUUUUUAUCGUUUCGAAUGCCUGCGCCUUUUGUAGGGAAAUUAAGGCAGUUUUUGGGCAUUUUCACCCCUAAAAACCUAAAAUGGGCAGCUAAAAUUUAUAUAUCCUUGAUCAGCACAUUUUUUCUGAUUUUUUGAGUUAUGUCUCGUCAAAAAGUAGGAGCCCCCAUAAAAGUACUUUCCUUGUUAGGUCGAAAGUUGGCGAAUAAUCUGGGGUUUCCCCCGCCUGAAAAGCUGAGAUUUUUAGUGAUUGAUACAUGAAAUUGAUAUAUCAUGCGUGUUAAAUUCGAAGGAAAUCUGAACAUCGGACUUUGAACAAGCUACUUUUUCAAGGGAAUUAGUCCUUAGUAAUGACUUGUUUUAGCCGCACCGAGUCUCCGAAGCCAUCGAGGCCGGCUUGCAUCAGAUCUCCGAUCGCUUGGACGCGAGACCUUCGGCUUUCGUGGAAAUCCUCACGGAAAGAAUGGAUGACAACACUUUAAGCCGAGUUGAAACCGUCAAGUCGAGGGUUUCCCAACUCCUCAGUCCCAAAGACACUCCAGAGUACACGAAGUUGAACGUCGAUUACAACGACCUUUCCAAAAAACUUGCCUCGGCUCAGGAGGACCUCGAGAAGGAAACUAAUCGAUUGAAGGAGGUGAUCCGACAGUGUCAAGCUGAAUGCAGAGAGAAGGACGAAAUUACCGUCAAACUUCGAGAUGAAUUGAACAACUCUCGCACCGAAUGCAGCGAGAACUUGCAGAUGGUGCAGGGAUACAAGAAACGGUUCGACGAGGAGAUUGAGAAGAAUUUCAAGUCCGAAAACCAAAUUGAGGCGCUGAAGAAGGAGUUGGCUGCGAAGGAGGUGAACUUGUAGGGGAGAUGACAGGAACGAACUGGUUAGAGUGAUUUACUGUUUUAAUAAACAACAUGUUAUAUCAGAACGCCAAUGUUUAUUCAAUUUGGGGUCCCAUCAAGGGGGGGGGCAGUCAUUUGGGGAGUUCGAUCUUGGCAUUCCGAAGAAGGAGUUGGCUGCAUCGGAUGCCAGUGAAGAGGGAGAAGGUGAGAAUUCGACCGAGUACGUCGAACCCUCGGAGGAGAAUCAAGUUGGACAGAAAAGUGUCUACGAGGUCAUUUUCGGGCAAUCAGAACUGCAUGACGUUUGACGCAGAUUUAAAAUAGAAUUUUCUACUCAGAAAUCCAUGAGAUUUUUUUAACGGAUAUUGUAAAAAAUUGGCAUUUUUUGCAAUUUUUUUGGUUUGGAAAUGUCAGGCAGAAUGACUAUUGCGGCGUGUAAUGAUUCUACAAAUAAUCAGCUUCUUCCGUGCAGGGUCGAAAUAGUUACUGACAAAAAGAAUUUAUUUCGAACGCCUGUCCUCAUUUCGCGUGCUCUCGCAAAGAAGGUUUAUUAUCUUGGUAGCGGCUGGGAAAUGAAUUUGCGGAAAAUAUGAAUGCCCUACUUAAUAAUCCGGAAGUCUUCCCUUCAGAUAUCGGACGGGAAUUCUUCCAGUGAGGGAAUUCAGAGUGCAAAUCUUUGUAUACGAGGUCUUAACCAGUCGCAGACCAAUCCUUGAAAGUUUUAUCCCGCGGUUCUCAGCAGCUACCAAGAUAAUAAACUUUCUUUGCGAGAGAACACGCGAAAUGGGGAGAGACGUUCUAAAGAAUUUAUUUUUGUCAGUAACUUUUUUGGCUUUGCACUGAAGAAGCUGAUUAUUUGUAGAAUCAUUACACGCUGCAUAGUCAUUUAGCCUGACAUUUCUAAACCAAAAAAUCGCGAAAAAGGUCAAUAUUCUACAAUAUCCGUUCAAAAAAAUCUCUGGGAUCUCUGACAAGGGAAUGGUUUGAACUGUCCGUGAGCUUUCAACAUGAGACCCACAAAUUCUGAAAGAGCGUAAAAAAUUUAGUAAGAAUCCGUUUUCCUUUUUUGCCGAAUGGUCUUGGGACGGUCGAUUUUUAUCGACCGGUUUUAAUAUUUUUAUGUUACAGUAAUCUUAGAAACUUGGUUUUCAAAAAACUGAAUGCUCAAUCACCAAAAACGUAUAUAUCCAGAAUUUCGGGUCAUUACCUCUUUUUAUGACGCCGCGAGACAUAAAAUUCCAAAAAGGACAAAUUAAUGCAAAUUUAUGCCUUCCGGGCAGAAUUUGGGAAAAAUAUUUUGGGCGUUUGUUAAACACAUGUCUACAGUCAUUUUAGACCAAAAGAUUCAAAAUCGACUUUUUUGUAAAUAUUCACGCGGUCACAGCUGACGCAGGGAGCCAAAAAUAAUCUUUUCAACUUUUCUUGCAAAAUUUUGAGAAAAGGCGAAAAUUUGGCAACAUUCUUUUCUGGAAGCCCGAAAAAAUUUGCAAUAUCGUGGAAAACCUCCUGGAAUGGUCCAAAAACAUCUUUAACAUACCAGAAGAUUGACAAAUGGCAUCAUCGAAAACUCAAAAAUGUUGCCAAAUUGUCAACUUUUCUUGAAAUUUUGCAAAAAAAUCUGUAAAACAUUUGAAUAAAUAAAAAAAAUUCUUUACGUAGCUAUUGAAUACAGUAACUGAUAUGUACGACCAAGCCGAGGAUAUCCGCUUCGGCUGGACUCGAACCUCCAAGACCUCCCUCUGCCAAAAGAUUUGUGCGUGGAACUUUUUCCACGAGACUAUUUGGUGACGCUUUCCUGGGCAUUUCGGUUUAUCUUUUCUCUCUUUCAAUUCCUUUAGUCGGAUCUUUCUGUCGAUAUUUCUCGUCUCUCAAGACCAUUCGGCAAAAAUGGAAAACGGAUUCCUACUAAACUUUGUACGGUCUUUCAGAAUUUGGGGGUCUCAUGUUGAAAGCUCACGGACAGUUCAAACCAUUCCCUUGUGAGGAAUGCCAGGAGUUUCGCAAAUGUCAUUGAAAAUGCUAUUCCAAAUGUGCGUGGAUUCUUAUGCAAUUCUGUUUGCUCCGCGUCAGUAACUUGCUUUGUUGCAGGGGGAAGAUGCACGAGAAAGGCAGGAUGAAGAGCGUCAUAAAGAAGAAGGUUCUGAGCAAAAUUUUGAGGGAAAAAAGGAAGAAAACGGAGAAGAGACUCAAGAGGAAAAUGAAGAAGAGGAGGCAAGUGAGGAAGUUAGCUACGAAAACACGGCCAAGGAAGACUUCGAAGUGGUGGAGCCGACUUCUUGUUGACUCUAAUCAGUGUCCAAAUUAAUCUAAAGGUAAUAUUAACCAUAAUCAUAUUUGUUUUCCAGUUGUUAUUUUCACAGUUAACCGUUAUUUCAAUUUUUUGAAUAAAAACCCACAGAAAUAUGAGGACCGGAAAAUAAUUUUGUUUAUUCAAUGUGAAAGUUUUUUCGCCGAUUAUGCAAUGUGGGGCAGGAUCAAUUCAAAUUCAUACGAUUUCGAAUGGCAAAGCAUCGGAAGAGAAGCUCGAGGAGUCAUCUGCAGGCGAAAGUUUUGAGGUCCUUAAUCAAAAUCAAUUUCAAAUCUCCGACGAUUCUCCUCAUGGUUGAUAAAUUUUUAUUUUUUUUCGUUUUUUGAAAAUCUCGUUUCUUCUUGAAGAAUAAAACGCGUUUUGGCUAUAAAUAUAUGAGUAAUAUCGAAAUAGUUGUGCGAAUAAUCAAAGUAGAUUCUUCUGUUCAAGAUCGAAAUAGUUAAGGAAGAAACGCCUUGUUUCCCUGCUAAACCCUCAUCAUUUCGCGUGCUAUCUCGCCAAGAAGAAGAUUGAAUAUCGCGGCUGCUACUGUAAAAUGAGUGGCAAAACUUUCAGGAAAUGAUUUAUGGCUAGUCUUCAACAGGUAUGAGAAAUUUUAGAAAAAUCUGAAUGUUCCAUUUGAAAAGCAAUUCUUCAGAUCUUACAAGUGAAGUCUUUCAGAUGUGACACUCAGGUUUUCUUAAAAUUUUGCAUAACCGUUCUAGACCAGCCGUAAAUCAUUUCCUGAAAGUUUUGCCUCCCACUUUACAGUAGAAGCAGAGAAAUUCAGCGGUCUUCUUUUCGAGACACCAUGCAAAAUGAGGAGAGUUAGGCAUGGAAAAGCGAGUUUUCCCCAUAAAUUUUUGUCCCAGGAUGAGAAAAUCUUGUUCACUUGUAGAAACAUCUUGCGACAGGUUAGUAAUCGAUCGUGAAAUUUGUAAACCGAAAAUCGCAAAAAAAUUGUCAAUUUUUGAGCAUGUAAUGUUUCGAAAACUCUCCUCGGUUUCUAGAAAAUAAAGGCUAAGAGAUUCGAAUAUGUAUCACAAAAUGGGGUUUUCAAACCUAGCCAGCUUCUAUCCAAGUCUGUUUGCCGCACCUGAAAGCCGCCCCUUGCCAGAUUUUAUUAAAAAUUGACCUUGUACUUGAUGAACAACAUCUCAAAGGACAAAAAAGACGAUUUCGAGAAUUGUGCAAACGACUUCACUAAAAUGAUCAAUAGUCUAAACCCCAUUUUACCUCAUUAGACAAUAAAGGUUCAAUAAUUUCACAAAAAAACUUAAUUUCAAAAUUUUGCAAUGAAUAUUGGACUGAAAUUGAAAAAUCCUCGGAUAACCUAAAACACCAAAGCCUAUCAAUACUUCACUGUCAAUUUCGAAGCUCUAAACUGCUAAAAAUGCAGUAAAUUGUUUGCCAACACAGGGGAUUCGGAUUUACUUAUAAAAACUCUUAUUUACUUAUAGCUCCCAAAAAUUGCCCAUUUGCUCUGUGAGUAAAGGGCGAGGUGUGGCCGUUAGGUCCUCAAUGUAAUCCAGAGACUCCUAUUUACACUCAAUAAUGUAAAAUGUUUUGACUUGACACUUUUUGUAAAGUAGACUACGUAUCAAAUUUGCUCCAAAUUGGUACAUUUUGGACCGAGUUAGAAGGGGGGUCAAAACUUUUGGCGGGGAGUAUAUAUGAAAAGUGAAUACUCGAUCUCGUUCGCCCCUCAGAAGCAAAGAGUGACAAGAUCCAAUUUGGAAAUUUAAAAAAACGCCCGCUAGCCAGCACGUAAGUGAAUAAUAGCAGCUAUUUAAUUCAAGGUGGUCCUUGACCAGUUUUUUACACUCUUUCAAUUGGUACAUGUUUGAAGAAAAACCCAGGAGACGAGGUUUUGCCGAGCCCUUGUUAGAGAUGUCGCGACCAACGCGCCUCCUCGUUUCUGCGAGGUCGGCGUUGUUGGUUGCGCAACGAACCUCGGUAUAAAAGGGCUCGCGAUCCGUGUUCAGAGAGAGUUUGGAAUGGGAGUGAGCAUGGCUGUCUCAUUUCGAAGACAAUAAUGGCACCAUGAGAUAUUUGGGGUUGUCCUAUAAGCUGUAGAGGAUGCGGAGAACCGGGUCGUGGAAGACGGUGAGGUACCGGUUUCCUCAUUGGGGCGAGGGUCAAUCCAUCGUACCCCCACAAGAAUUGGGUGAUUACAGAGAUUUCUCGAAUAAAAAAAGGAUUUUUUUCUUUGAUUUGCCUCCUAAACAGAUCGUUUGUUCGACUGACUAUUUUUACAAUUCCUUUUGUUCAUUUUUCUUGGUUUUUGGCGUAUUUUUACAGGGUGCGGCAAUUUUUCGGCCGGAUUUGAAUUGGCUAUAACUUUUUUAGUUUUUAUCCGAAUGUUAAAAUUCUUUUUUUACCUGAAUCCUCAGACAACCCCAUUUUGUUUAAUACCAAAUAUGUUACAUAUACAGGGACCUAGUUCAUAGUUAUUGGCCUUUCGGUCGUUUUCUCUGCUUUUUCGGCGUGUGUGAAAAUCGCCAUAAAAAAUGACUUUUUUUUACGCAUUUUGUCGUAAAAAGUUUCAUGCAUGUUCAUGCCAUGGAGAAUACCGUUUCCACAAAAAAUCAGCUAUUUCCGCACAAAAUUAGCGAGGAUAUAGCCAAAAAGUUUUUCUGUGUGACCACUCAUGUGCCCUCCUGACCGCAAAGAAUCGUUGAAUAUCUUCGUCGCCCCUGAAAGGUGCGGGCUGAAACUUUCAUGAAUUGAUGUGUGGCCUAUGUCCGGCCCAUGUGCAAAAUUUAAAGAAAAUCUGAGAGUCGUACUAGGGGUAAUUCCAUUGUCAGCUAUGAAAAUUAGAGCUUUUUCUUUGUCUCGAAUUUUUACUGUAGUCUAAUGAACGGGUAUAACAUAUAUGGUAGUAAACAAAAUGGGGUUGUCUAUGGAUUCAGGGAAAAAAAGAAUUUUAACAUUUGCACAAAAACUAAAAAAGUUAUGGCCAAUUAAAAUGGCCGGCCGAAAAAUUGCCGCACCCUGUACUUAUAUAUUUAUUGAUCAAUUUCUAACAUUCAUUUUCAGAAUAUCGAACCCCAACGUAUACCUCACGUCUCCAUCAUGGUCAAGAUCUUUUUCGAGACUGGCAGUGGAGAGGUUGUAGAGCUGGAGAAGAACAAUUUUGAAGUCGAAGAGAGUAUUUGGAGUGUGGUCGGCAACUACCUGCGGGAUUUCGAUGACCUCAAAGGUUUUAGCGUUCCGCGAUGCACCUUCAAGGGAAAGGGCAUCUCUCCCCACACGGUGUUGACUCCUCAACACGACGAGAUUUUUGCCAAGCUGAGGACUUAUGAGGUUGGUUUUAUGCUUUUUAUGUUUAGGAGGAAAUUUCUGAGUGCUAAAAAGCAAAAAAAUUAUCACAACAAAAAUUUUUGAUAUUUGUCCCAAAAUUUUAUCACUUGGUGUACUCCCCCUGUUAGAACUUUUGUGUUAAAAAUAAAUCUCCUCUGCUUUUAGAUCCGCCUCGACUAUAAGUUCGAAAAAACUGGUCUUGGUUGGGUAGGUACUGUAAAGUGCCAGGAAACUGACAACAUCCUGAAAGUUUUGAAGAGAAAAUUGAAGGAGAAUAAGCAUCCAGAGACCUUCAAAGUCAAGUAUGUGCAACACACGCUGCCGGAUGGACUUGAUAAACGCAUUGAUGGAACUAUUUAUAAUGGAUCCACAUAUAUCGUCCGUCUGACACAAACUGAUAUGGUAAGCAAAAAAAUCUUUUAUGAUUAAACUUUUUUACAUAAAAAAUUACGUUUCUCAUAUUUACGCAGCACCGACUUCAGUUUUGAUAAAAUUUUGACGCAAAUAUAUAUAUAUUUUUUUAAGAGAUUUGUGAGGUGUCACGAACGGCGAUUUUAGGUCGAAAGUUGGCCAAUAUUCUGGGGUUUCUUCCGCCUGAAAAGCUGAGAUUUUCAGUGAUUGAUACUUGACAUUGAUGUAUCAUCUGUGUUAAAUUAGAAGGAAGUCUGAACAUCGGACUUUGAACAAGCUACUUUUUCAAGGGAAUUAGUACUUACAAGGGAUCGGCAAAUAGUUGCAACCUUUAAUCUUAACGAAACAUAAAUCGUUUGAAAGAGCAUUAAAAAUAGUGCACAACGCAAAAAAAAUUAGCUGCCUAAUAUAUGUUUGGACAAAGUUAUGGCCAUAACACAGUUUUUAGCCUAAUUUCAUGCGUCACUUUAUAAGCUCUUGGAAUCGCAAUAGAAUAGUGUCCAGUUGGCCGAGUGGUAGUGACUCCACUUCCGGCGCAACAAGUCCUGGUUUCGAAUCCGGGCUCUGCGGAUUUUUUGCGUUUUGUAUCUUAUAUGCCACAAAACCAUGGUAUGUUGGUAUUUUUUAACAGUUUGUGUCCUUUUGCAGACGAAAUUCAUUUUUACGGGAUUUUUUUGAAUUUCUGGCUUUUUUUGAAACGACCACAAAUUUGAUGGUGAUGAGAGUGGGGAUACCACUAUCAUAUAAUGCAAGGGUGUCAUCCCAGUAGCCUGACCUAUUAUAAUUACUGGACGAGAAUUGAAUUUACUAGGACCUGUAAAUAUACAUUUUUUCGAAAAAAUACGAAGAGAAAAUUGUAAAAUCGGGCAAAAGACUAUUGCUGACACAGUGGACCAGCCAUUGGUAGGGUAGGACACACGAAAUUUUGAAUUUUGAGAUUUUAGUUUGUGAACGACCACAACAAUCAUAUAAAUGUAUUUCCAAAGCUUUUUGCUUCAAUUUUCUCAUUAACCUAGUUUUAUUUACAAUUUUUUGGAACAAGCAGUAAUGUCUAAUAACUCAUAACCGAGAAUUGGUAGAGCCUUAAAACGACCGUGAUAGACGUUUUUGAACACUAGAAAAUGAAAGGAGGCGAUUUCAAGCCGCCAGGAUUACUGUAAUAUAAGAAACCGGCGUUUUGGCCGCAUAUAACCACUUUCAUAAAACGGCCAUAACUUUGCCCAAACAUAAAUUAGGCAGCUAAUUUUUUUUGCGUUGUGCACUGCUUUUAAUGCUCUUUCAAAUGAUAUAUGUUUCGUUAAGAUUAAAGGUUGCAACUAUUUGCCGAUCCCUUGUUAGUUAAAAUUUCUUUUAGCCGCAUGGAGUCUCCGAAGCCACCGAGGCCGGCUUGCAUCAGAUCUCCGAUCGCUUGGACGCGAAACUUUCGGCUUUCAUGGAAAUCCUCAAGGAAAGAAUGGAUGACAACACUUUAAGCCGAGUUGAAACCGUCAAGUCGAGGGUUUCCCAACUCCUCAGUCCCAAAGACACUCCAGAGUACACGAAGUUGAACGUCGAUUACAACGACCUUUCCAAAAAACUUGCCUCGGCUCAGGAGGACCUCGAGAAGGAAACUAAUCGAUUGAAGGAGGUGAUCCGACAGUGUCAAGCUGAAUGCAGAGAGAAGGACGAAAUUACCGUCAAACUUCGAGAUGAAUUGAACAACUCUCGCACCGAAUGCAGCGAGAACUUGCAGAUGGUGCAGGGAUACAAGAAACUGAUCGGCGAGGAGAUUGAGAAGAAUGUCAAGUCCGAAAACCAAAUUGAGGCGCUGAAGAAGGAGUUGGCUGCGAAGGAGGAGGCUCUGAAGAAACAUGAAGAACUUGGAAGGGAGAUCUAUCAAAAAGCUUGUGUUUGCGAGGUAAUUUUCGGGCAAUCAACUGCAUGAAGUUUGACGCAGAUAUAACAUAGUAUUUUCAAAGAGAUUUCUUAGAAAUCCAUGAGAUUUUUUUAACGGAUAUUGUAAAAAAUUGACAUUUUUUGCAAUUUUUUUGGUUUGGAAAUGUCAGGCAGAAUGACUAUUGCGGCAUGUAAUGAUUCUACAAAUAAUCAGCUUCUUCCGUGCAGGGUCGAAAUAGUUACUGACAAAAAGAAUUUCUUUAGAACGCCUGUCAAAAAAAAAAGAAAUUCAAAAUUUGAGGACUUUGCCAAGGUUUGAAUAGCAUCCAAAGCGACCAAGAUUGAAACUAUAUAGUACGAGAGUACACCGAGGGCACUGAUUCAGGUAUGACAUUAAAAAUCCAGCAAUUCUGUCACCUUUAUGGUGAAAACUGAAAAAAACAAAAAAUCUCGAAAAUUGGUCGUAUCUUUCGACCGGUCGGCCUGAGACUCAUGGGAAUGGGGUUUAAAAGUCUUAGAAUUUUAUGUAGAUUAUAAUGGAAUUAAACUUUGCCCCCAUAUCUCACGUAUCCAAUUUUGAAACAAAAAAAUUUCGUGAUGACCAAAUGUUUAGAGGCCUCGUUCUUAGACUUGACAAGCCGCCCAGCCAUGAUUUUGCCACCGUUGGAAUCCCCAUAUCAUAGAGCGUUAUUUACAGCAAUAAAACGGAUGUACAAGUAUGCAAAUUUUUUAUGAAAAUUCAAGAAUUUUAAAUUUUUUGCUAAGUAUGCAAAUUUUCGCACACAUCCAGAAGUCCUAGCAAAAAGGUGUCAAUAUGAAAGUUGCUUAGAAUCAAUCAUUCUAUAAUCCUGAAAAGGUCCGGAGUCAAACGGGCAACUAGUCGAGGAGAAACGAAAAAUAACUACGGUAGGUAUUUCAAGUCUCUACUGUAACAUCUUGUUUUUUGUGCACAAGGCAAAUCUGAAAGCUCGAGUCUCUCGAAAAACCUGUUUUAAUAUCCUGGUAGCUGCUGAGAAAUGCGGGAUAAAACUUUGAGGGAUUGGUUUGCGACUGAAGAAGACAUCGUAUACAAAAAUUUGCGAAAAUAUAAAUGCCCUACUGAAUAAUCUGAAAGACUUUCCUUCAGAUAUCGGAAGGGAAUUCUUCCAGUUAGGGAAUUCAGAGUGCAAAUUUUUGUAUACGAGGUCUUAACCAGUCGCAAACCAAUCCUUGAAAGUUUUAUCUCGCGGUUCUCAGCAGCUACCAAGAUAAUAAACUUUCUUUGCGAGAGAACACGCGAAAUGGGGAGAGACGUUCUAAAGAAUUUAUUUUUGUCAGUAACUUUUUUGGCUUUGCACUGAAGAAGCUGAUUAUUUGUAGAAUCAUUACACGCUGCAUAGUCAUUUAGCCUGACAUUUCUAAACCAAAAAAUGUCAAUACUCUACAAUAUCCGUUCAAAAAAAUCUCUGGGAUCUCUGAGGAAUGGAAGCCGGGAGUUUCGCAAAUGUCAUUGAAAAUGCUAUUCCAAAUGUGCGUGGAUUCUUAUGCAAUCCUGUUUGCCCCGCGUCAAUAACUUUUUUUGUUGCAGAAGGAAGAUGCAACAGAAAAUCAGGAUGAAGAGCGUCAUAAAGAAGAAGAUUCUGUGCAAAAUGUAGAGGAACAGGCAAGUGAGGAAGUUAACGACGAAAACACGGCCAAGGAAGACUUCGAAGUGGUGGAGCUGACUUCUUGUUGA